AUGUCUGACGCAAGCCACCCUCAGCACGAAAAAGUUCAUCUGGAGAAAAACAUGAAAUGCCUGGCCUGUCCACGAAUGUUCAUUUCUAAUUCAGCGAUGAUGCUUCAUCUCGAGCACGGCACAUGCGAAUCAGGCGCCAACCUCCGCGUUAUCCAGAACGUGGUUGCAGAUUGGUAUGAGGAGUACGGACCAGCCGGACAUGACCACGAAGACGAUUUUCGAUGCGAGAACUGCGGUUCUUGUUUUAAUCGACUGAGCGCCUUGCUUCAGCAUGCUGAGAGUGAGACCUGUGAUGCUGCUGUGUGGGAUUUCUAUCGGAUUUUCGUUCACAUUGAGUAUAACCAGGACGCGUUUCAGCUUUUUGAUUACUGA